AGUUCAGCUGUCCCUUCGACCCUCACAUCCCCGGCGUCCGCCAUGAACGGCUACCCCAAUGGCGCGGGGGGUGGCCAUGUUCCCGCCGCCGCUCCUCGAACGCCCACGGGUCCUUACCCACCCAUCGCCGACAUCUCUGCCAAUGCGAGCGAGAGGGUUUCCGAGUUCAGGCAUGCACCGAUUGGGCGAGUCUUGGAUACAGCCAGACACCAUUUCACCGAAGCCAAAAACUUGCUUGACACCCGCGCCCCGCUUCCUGGCGCAUACUGGGCUUAUCUUGUUGCGUACGAGCUGGUCGUGGAGGAGAUACCAAAACACCGAGACUACCAUGACAAGAUCAACAUGACCCGUGGUCAGAUGCACCGCGACUUUGCCAAGCUCCUCAAGGACGUGCAUGCUUUCGAAGGGAGAUUCGAAAAAAUCAAGGACAUCAUCACGAACGACAAUAGAAGGAACGGCGCCUACGCCCCAUCCUCCAAGUCCUACCCCGUCGACCCCUCACCGAGUCCUCACGCGACCAGCUCGCUGAAACGAGAUGAUGAACUUAUGUUUCCCAGCGUCCCUACGAAUCCUCCCCUCGGCCGCGCCUCGCCUGUAGACCUCGAUCCUUCUCGCCGGAAACCUCCAGUCCAGCCCAAGCCCCAAUCAUUACAUGGGAAAGCUAUGCACCAACACUCCCAGUCGGUCAACGGCGCCAACGGUGCGAAUGGAACCGACCUGGCAGAUCGCUUCGCGAAGCUCCGGGGCAUAUCGACCGUGGAUACCACCUCCCCGCGUUCCAGCCAGGACCUCUCGGUCAAGAUGCCUUCGCCUUCGGAUUACCACACGUCCAGUCGGCCCUUAGGACCACGCGAUAUGCCUCAUAGCCAUGCAGCUUCGCGACCGACGCUACCUCUAAAUACGCAAUUUGCAGCUUCCUUGCCCAAAGAGCCUAGCCCUACCUAUAGUCCCGCCCGAAAUCUAUCAUUGCCUUCCAGCAUUAACCCGCCCCGUAGUACGGCCAGGAGUAUGGUGGGCACAGGCGGGCGCAGUAAUUCCCUCGCAGCUUCCAGCAGCGCAUCUAGCCAUGCACCCAACGGCAACGGCGAUGGUUAUUUUCCGACCAAGUCUAUUCCCGAAGAAACUUCUCUGAUCCGGAGUACGUCGGUCAACAAACCGAUCGAGACGCAGAUCACCGCUGAAAGGCUCUACGACUAUAUUCGUUUGUACAACGUGCUCCUCAUUGAUGUGCGGGACCGGGCUGAAUUUGACGCCGGACAUAUCUAUGUGCGCUCUUCUAUGUGCAUCGAACCAGCAAGUCUACAGGAUGGCAUAUCUGCUGAACAGCUGCAAGACCGCCUCGUUAUUUCCCCCGACGAAGAGUUGGCUCUCUACGAACGACGACACGAGUUUGAUGUGGUCAUCUACUAUGACGAAUCGACAAAAACCAAUAAAUUCUUGGACAAGUACAAUCCAAAUGAAUACGAACUAGCACUCAAACAACUGUACACCAUCCUGCACGAAUUCAAUGCUGAGAAGCCAUUGAAACGUCCGCCCAUUUUCUUAAUGGGAGGAAUUGUAGCGUGGCAAGACCUCGUAGGACCGCAGUCGUUGAAGAUGUCCCAGACAUUGUCGAUGGCUCCGAAUGGGCAGCCAAGGUCUCGCGCUCCUCGCCGACCCUUGAGCUCAGGAUAUGGUCAGCGGACCCUUCCUAACCGGCGGAAACGCGAAUACCUUGCUAUGGACCCCGAGGAGCAGCGGCAGUGGCUGGAGGAAGUCCGGCGUGGCAGGUCGGUUAUGGAGCGUCCACCUGAGGAAGACGACGAAGCACCAGUGUAUCGUACUGCCGAAGAUUUCCUCCGACGCUAUCCCGACGUCGAAGACCAACAGUCCAUGAUGUUUCCCCCUUCGCGGCCGCAAUACGAGCAACAAGCACCCUCCCCAAUUCCUGCCGCACCGUCUCGGCCGGCACCGGCUGUGCCCCGAGUCAGCUAUAGUGGUGUCCAUGAACGAGAAAUGGCCCGUCAAAGCAGUGGAAACCAGCCACCAGCUUAUAUCUCUCCUGGCCGUCCUGGCUCGCUGCGUCUUCACCGCACCGGGCUCAUUAACUUUGGCGUCACGUGUUAUAUGAAUUCGAUCGUUCAGUGUUUAAGUGCGAAUCCGACGCUAACCAACAUAUUUUUGACUCGCAGAUACAUACAAGACCUACAGAGAGAAAACUGGAAAGGCACGAAAGGCAUUUUAUCCGAAGCUUAUGAGACGUUACUCUCCAACCUGUACAAGGGUGACACUAGCGCUAUUCGCCCGAGUACUUUCAGGAGAGUUUGCGGGCUCUUCAACCGCCAGUGGGCCAUUGACCAGCAGCAAGACGCCAAAGAGUUCCUCGAAUUCACGUUGGAUUCCCUCCACGAAGAUCUCAAUGCUACGUGGAAUAAGACGCCACUACGAGCAUUGACAGACGCUGACGAACAGGCCCGUGAACAGCUUCCGCGUCAGUAUGCGGCUAAGAUUGAGUGGAAUCGCUAUCAACACCGCGACAUGUCUCUUAUUGGCAACCUCUUCGCCGGGCAACACGCAUCUAUGCUUACAUGCACGACAUGCGGGCUCACCAGUACAACCUACGAAGCAUUUUGGAGUAUCAGCGUCGAGAUACCCCACGACCGAUCUUGCGACGUAAGAGACUGCCUGCGAUCCUAUUGUUCGACCGAACGACUUGGGCUGGAGGAUUCGUGGCGUUGCCCCCGUUGCAAGACGAACAGGGAAGCGAUGAAGAAAAUCACCAUCACACGGGCGCCAGACACCCUGGUCAUCCACUUCAAGCGUUUCAGUGCAUCCCGCAGUCAGAAUGCGCGCAAGAUACACACUCCCAUAUACUUUCCGCUCCAAGGCCUAGAUAUGGGACCAUACAUGGAAAAGCCAAUCACGCCCGAUCAAGAAGCCCAAGUGCUACAGCAGACUCGUGAGCCGCACGCGAACCUCGCCUCUUUGAAAACGGAUCCUGCGAUGAACGGCCCAUUUAUGUACAAUGCAUACGGCGUGGUACGCCAUCACGGUGCGAAUAUUGGCAGCGGCCACUAUACGGCCCUGGUUAAGGACCGGUCCAAAGGCUGCUGGCGCGACUUCAACGAUGACAGGAUUCGAGACUUUGAACCGGCUAACCUGCACGAGAGCGAACGGCUACAGAAUGAGAAGGCAUACGUCGUUUUCUACGAACGUGAGCGAGUUGCUGGCGGCAUCUAG